CAUCUAUAUAUACUACCAAAUACCAACAGGAACUAUCAACAAGAUAUAAACACAGAUUAGAAGAAAAAAACAUGCCAAAGCUCAUCCUUAUCCUCGCCACACAAAUCCUUCUCCUCACCACCGUUUCCUCUACCGGAGACUAUGCAAGAACAGUGAACCAGAAACGCCUCCUCAAGAAAGAGAAGCUCACACAUCUCCGAGUCUACUGGCAUGACAUCAUAAGCGGUAAAAACCCUAGCUCAAUCAUGAUCCAACCGUGGGUUUCAAACUCCUCAACCGCCUUCGGAUCAAUCUCAAUGAUGGACAACGCACUAACAUCUGAUGUGCCGAUUAACUCUACUGUGGUGGGUCAGGCCCAAGGUUUCUACGCAGGAGCGGCCCAACGUGAGCUAGGUUUCUUGAUGGCGAUGACUUUCGCUUUCAAGACAGGUAAGUACAAUGGGAGUACGAUCACGAUUCUUGGUCGGAACACGGUGUUCUCGAAGGUUCGGGAAAUGCCGGUCGUCGGAGGAAGUGGAAUCUUUCGGUUCGCUAGAGGGUAUGUCGAGGCUAGGACUAAGUGGUUCGAUCAAAAGUCAGGAGAUGCCACUGUUGAGUAUAAUUGUUAUGUCUUCCAUUACUAAUAUAAUUAUAGUCAAGAUAUACAAUGUCCUCUCUGUAAUGUUUACUUGAUUAUGUAAGUACAUUAGAGAGAGGCUUUUUUAUUAA